AUGCGGUGGACUACUCCACUCUCAGUGCUUCUGCGGCAGCCUUUCAGCAGCUCCAUGUUCUGCGGGCAUGCAUCUUGGAUCCGCUGCUCCGCAAACUUCACCAACACCCUCCCAUCUGCGGUGCAUGUGUGCGAUGGUGCAGCAGUGGUCUCUCUUGCAAGCUGCUUGCAGUCUGCAAGCAAGGACAAGAGCACGCUCGACUGGCUCUUCAAGUUGAUCACAAUCAAGGAGCAUCUGUUGUGGGAUUAUGGCAUUCAGAUCCAUCAAAAGUCCUCAACAACAUACUACUCUUGCCCGCUGAUGAAGACGCCAGCGUUGCGAGCAGGUGCUCAUGCGCAACUCACAACGGCACCAUCGCUCACCAAUCUGGACCUGACCUUGGAGCAUUUCCGCAAGGCAGAGGGCAAAGAAUUGAUCACACCAGUCAAGGCUGUGAGCAGGGCAAUUCCGGAUGUAAAGUUUGGCGGGAUGGGCAGCAUACCCACAGAUCUUCAAGAUCGCAACGCUGCUCAAGCGCAUGAGUACCUUGUGGACUUAUUGAGCCGCGUGGCAGAGGAGACGCCGUCGUAG